AUGUUUGUCCCAAGACUUAGUCCCCAAGUGGCUUUUCGAAGUACCCGACAGCUUGUAGCGAAUGCGAAGUUAUUUUACUCGACAAUACCGAAAGAUGUCAGUGAUUGUAGCGAAGAAACGAGAUUGAAGACCGAACUUGAUGCCGAUGGCCCAUUUCAAAACUCUGAGGAUAGCAUAUCAGAUCAUUAUCAAUUGGCAGAGCGUGCGUUCGCCAGAACGAGAGGCAAGAAAAGGAAGCCUGCCAAGGCUAAUAUAGUCGUUCUUGAUCCUAAACAGGCGGGAUUGCUGAGAAAGCGGCGGACUCCUGGUUAUUUUAGACGCCGGCAUGAGCAGGAGAAAUUGUCAGUCCUCGAAGGUGUAGAGCUCGGCGUUGUGUCAGACCGACAACCGAAGAGCAGACAUGAAAGCGCAUUAACCUCCAAAUCAGCCUCCGCAGUAAGGUCUAACGACAUAUUUAGCAAGAUUGAAUCUCAGAGAAACAAACUACUCGUUUUCAAAAGUUCUGUAUCUAAAGAGCAGGCCGUGAGGUCCAUCAGAUAUCAAGAGCCGAUGCAAAAAGCCGUUUCCAAGCGUAGAUUUGAGCAGUUGGAGCAAUUGCUCGACUCAGCGUAUACGUUGCCGCAGCUGAGGGCGUACACAAAGGAGUAUUAUGGCGCAGCAAAUAGUAAAAUGACGAAAAGAGAUAUCAUUCAUCAAAUAGUCACAAAAUACUGGAAAUGUGUUAUCAACGAUCAAAUGAACGAGUCUGAAGACCUGAUCACAGAGCGGAUCAUAGAUAUUAGCACCCGAGACAUGUACCUUUUGCUACUCACAAACAAUGGUAAGAUUCUCAACAACUUCGCUCGCAUUGGGGCAACAUUAGCCGUUGCCAUUGACGAGAAUAUCCUUAUUGUGCGUGCAACCAGGCCAAUUAUCAAAUACGUUGAAGUUUCCUUGAACAAGAUACUCUCUAAUGUGAAUACGGCCGUGCUACCUGUCAAAGAUAUUAUCCUGAACCACACAGCAGGGAAGGUGCAGCCCAAUAAAAAUGAACAGGAAUUGGUAUCGAUGGUGCAAAGAGAGAGUGCUGCUUAUUUCGAGAAAAGACAGACCGAAGCCAACGAGAGGGAUGGCGAUUAUAACAUCUCAGCGUUUGGCGCAAAGAGGAUUUCGAAAGCGAAAAAGCUGCUACUAUGGGGAAUUGAUUAUCACCCGCAACUCAUUGAGAAGGUUGAGAUGUUGAGUGAGGAAUCUGCAGAGUCUUUCAGGAAAUUUCCGUUCACGAACGUGGAAAGCUUAGACUGGAUUAAUAGAAACAAAGAUUGGUACAGAUUACAGCAGCCUAUAGGCAAAAAUUCGACAAAGGAAAGCUCAAUAAGCCAUUUCUCGGCCCUGCUUACAGAUAAAAAGGUGGAUCAGUGGUAUGAUUUUUUGGUCGGCGUCAACAAACUCAAUGAGACACCACAUUUGAUGAAGUUAUGUACCGCCAGAGAGACUCAAAAGGUUUUUAGUCUCACGUUGGGACAAAUUUUGGCAUCAAUGAAUGGAUCUUCAGAGACGGCCUCUACCAUGUUCGAGCCGAAGGUGGCACAAGUUGCUUCAAAACUGCUCGAAUUGCCACCAUAUGAUCAGUCAACUUCGAAAGAUGAGCUCUUUACUGUGGAUCAACAUGAAUACUAUGUGCAGCUUAAGUUCAUGCCCGACCUUUCGACGGUCUCAGCAUCUGAUACAAAUGCUCCGCCUCUGGAACUGUGGUUCGAGCUCGAUGACUAUGACAGCGCCAUAACAAGCACAGCCAGAUGCAUCAUUCAACAGGAACAGCGCGCAUUACUACUGCAGACUCCUCAUUUGCCCAACGAUUACCGGAUAAACGUUGACACGAUGGCCGAACUUAUCGAGCCGUUUGAAGAGUCGCCAGAACGUUGGCUCGAGGAUCAAGCCGGCAUCAAGCAGUUCAUUCAAGACGCGCAACUUACUUUCAACACUAGAAAGAAACUUGUCAUACCCAACUCCGUUGACGUCAACCUGCCCUCAGUUGGCGCCAGCGGCGCCAUAGAGAAAUGCAAUGUCAGAUACGAUUACGUGAACGCGUGCUACCAUAGGGUCUUGAGACUGGUCUAUAAGGACAAAUACAUGGUUCAAUUUUCCGAUGUCAAGGCUGGCUCACUGGGUGGGCGCUAUACACAGGUCGACUUCAUCGGAGGCGAGGCGCUAAGUCGCGAUGACUUCAAGCAAUUCCUCACGGACGUUGCACAAUCCUUCUAG